GCACUCGCGUGCUCGGCGGGAAGUCUACCUGCUACCCAGCCACGACCAGAAGCAACGUCUCCGGCUCUCGCUCUCAAUCUCUGGUGAGCGGACGAAAAGUGAUCGUCCGUCGACGGCCUGUUGAGCGUCAUGGAUUGGGCCGACGGGCCCUUCGUGUUCCGCAUCAAUGACAACGGCAUCGGGCCCAAUCUCCUCCUCCAGGUAUGCCUGGAGCGCGGCUGGCGUGAGCACAGCGAGAGCGGCGUCGUAAAGGACAACUGGAACCUCUGGUGGCGCACCACCGGCUUCCCGAUGUCGCACUACAAGCAGCUCAAACCUUGGCAGUACACAAAUCAUAUUCCGAAGGGCUCGUCCAUCUGCCGAAAGGAUCAUCUGGCACGCUACCUGCGCUGCAUGAAAAAAGUUUAUGGCUCCAUCUUCGAUUUCAGUCCGCCAUGCUACCAACUGCCCCUCGAAUACACCAAGUUGUUGGCCGAGUGCAGCGGCAGCAACAGGAACAACGGCCGCGUCCGCUCAGGCUCCUUCCAUUGCCUCGAGCCGCCUGAGGAGCAGCUCGUCUGGAUCUGCAAACCGGUCGGACAGAGUCAAGGACGAGGAAUAUUUCUCUUCAGGGAGUUUAGCGAGUUGAACUACGCUUCGAGCGCCGUGGUGCAGAAGUACGUGACGAACCCGCUGCUGAUCGGCGGCUACAAAUUCGAUUUGCGGCUGUACGCGUGCAUCCCGAGCUUCCGGCCGCUCUGCGUCUACCUGUACCGCGAGGGCCUCGUCCGGUUCGCCACCGACAAGUUCUCGCUGGCCGACCUGAACAACCUGUUCCGCCACCUGACCAACAGUUCGCUCAACCGGCUCGGCCCCGGCUACACCAGGCAGAAGGAGCGCGUUGGAGCGGGCUGCAAGUGGAGCUUGAAGCAGCUUCGGCACUACCUCAACCAGAGUGGCGAGAGCGAUUGGCUGCUGUGGCAAAAAAUCGCGUCGAUCGUCGCGCUGACCGUGCUGGCACAAAAUGCGUCAGCGCCUCCUCCGCCCGCCCCCAACUGCUUCGAGUUCUAUGGAUUCGACAUUCUCGUCGACACCUCGUUACGCCCCUGGCUCCUUGAGGUGAACCUGAGUCCGGCCCUCGGCGCUGACAGCGACGUGGACGCCGCCGUUAAGAAGCCAAUGCUACACGACAUGUUCGAUUUAAUGGGCAUGCCGGUAUCGCAUACGGGCCUGUCCAUGUUCACCUCGUGGCAGCCGCCGCAAGACGACUCCACCUCAGACUCGGAGGAUUGCACAAUCUGUUCCAGCAUGGGCAACAGGUGGAUGCAACGCAAGUCUCGUAGCAGAGCUAAAGUGCCAGCACAGAGGUUUCAUUCAGCGAGGCCGAGGUUGCAGAGGGUAAGGUCACUGUCAAUUGUGACAGGCGAGGACGAGUCCGAAGGAGCGCCGCCUUCGCGGUGGGCCAAGGAAGACGUCGGGCCGGUCAAGGUGGUGCCCUCGACUAGGUGGUCACGCCAGCAGCCACAAAAUAUGCCCGCAUCGGUAAUGAGCAGCUCCAGUUUUUUAACAUCAAUUAAAUUGAUUUUUUUUCCCUGUCAGAACAAGACCGUGUGGGGCAACGGGAGGGACUGGAGGGACGCGCCACCAAAGGAUGGAGACUGGGUCCGAGUUUUUCCCAUAGGAUUUUCCUCGAAUGUGAAGAAAAAAGUGCAGUAUGUGGACCACGCGGCCGAGAUUAAGGCUGCGGUGGCCGACGUGCACAGAUUCAGCAAGGCGGCCAAAGAGGCAGCCAAGCUGGUCGAGGUGGAAGCGGAGACGGGCAAGACAAGGGCGUGCUUCAACGACCGCGUCUUUAACGAGGCCCUCAGGGGCAUCCUGGGCCCCGAGUACACCGGCGAAGUGUGGCUGCCGCCCAAAUAACCCUUUUUGUGAUCCUUUCAUCUCGGUGUGACGGUUCUCUUAGGCUAGGUUGUUACCACGAUUAUGCUGUGAUCAAACGCAAAUAAAUAAAACACUCGGCAGGCUACAUGUCAACGA